AUGCUUGAUAAUGGUAACGAGUGCAAAUCUCGCAAUAUUUACACUGAAGGGGCUGCGGCGGCAUCCCGCCUGUACGUGGAGGCCAUCGGAAAGCUGGCGCGCCAGGCGCAGCAGGGCGCUUGGGGCAGCUCCUCCGACAUCGGUUCAGCGCUAGCGCAAGUGGUCGAAGUGUACAAGGAAAUCCAAAAUCAACAAAUGAAUAUUCUAAAAGCAUUUUAUGUGGAUCUUCUCGUACCUCUGGAAACGAAUCUAGAAAAGGACACUAAAGUCGUUCAGAGCGAGCAGAAACGCUUCCUGCAGCAGCACAAACAGCGAUCGGAGACAUACAGCAAGGCGGCCGCCACUAUGAAGAAGCAACGCAAGAAGAACAAGGCUUCUACCAAGGCCGCCCUCGCCAUCGACAAAGAGCUCAAGAAUAUGCAGGUUCUUGAGGAAGAGAAAACUAAGUUGGACGUUUUCUGUGAACAGAGUUUAAAGACGGCAAUGACGCAGGAGCGGCGGCGCUACGGCUUCGUGCUGGAGCGGCAGUGCUCGCUGGCCAAGCACUGCCUGGCGUUCCACUCACUGGGAGGCGCGGCGCUGCAGCGUAGCCUGGACGUGUGGCAGGAGGUGGCGGCGACGCGCGAGGCGGGCGAGGCGGGCGACUUGGGCGACGGGGCCGAGGGCGACGCGGCGGAAAUGCUGUCGCUGGCGUCGCAGCUGCGCAAGACGCGCUCCAUGGACGCCUCGUGCCUGGACGUGCGCUGCAUGGAUUGCCGGCCGGCGGCGCCGCCGCCGCCGGGCCCCGGGCCGCCGCCCCGUCCGCUGGCGCGCGCCAAGUCAGACUUCAACCUCGCCGCCUCAACGCACUCGCUCACGCGCGGGCCCGCGUCGCCAACGCGCCCCAAGUCCCUGGCCGCGCCUGCACCCUCGCCCUCCGCGGCCGACGCCCCGCUGGCGCGCGCGAUCUACGCCUACCUCUCCUCGGGCGACAACCAGCUCAGCUUCCUGGAGGGCGACGUCAUCGCUCUCAUCGGUGAGCGCAACAAGGGCUGGCAGUUUGGGGAGAACCUGCGUACACAGGCCAGCGGCUGGUUCCCCCUCGCCUACACCGAGUUGCUGCUCGACGAGCCCUCAGAUUCUCCACGUCGCGGGCCCGGCGGUGGAGGCGGCGGGGGCGAGUGGGGCGGCGGGGUGGCGUCGCGCACCAACGGCCUGCACGGGGCGUCACCAGCCUCCUCCUCGUCGUCGUCGGGUGCCACGGGGCAGCUGGCCGGUAAAGCGCCCGUCACCAUGUUCGGCGACACCCUGCUCCUCCGCGCCACUUCCCGCAAG